CUGGAAAACCAUCGCAUUAAUCAUCUCGACUUUAAUAAUUAACAAUUUUGGGUGUCAACAGAUAGAUUUUAAGCCUUGGAAACAAUACAUAUUGUGACAUAUGGUUUGGAUUGUCCCUUUAUUUGUAAGUAAACGCAUAUGAUAUGCAUUAUUUUUCGAGAACCCUUACACUGCUUCCACCUCUCGCGGGAUUUGCCUUCUUCUUCGAACCAGGACUUCUCUCUAACAAGUUAUUCUUUGAAUUUCGCGAAUCAAUCAAGAUGUUAUAAUUUAUGAGAAGUACUCGUGAAUCAACUAGAAUUUUGGAAAUCUCUCUGGCAGACAACAUAGUCUAAAGUCAGCUCUUGCUAGAAUCAUGGCUUCCAAAGGAGGAAUGGGUUGGAAUCAACCUGCUUCUGAUCCGACUUCCAAAGAAGGAAUUGGUUGUAAUUAACCAAGAUGGUUUUUGACAAUUUAGUAUUUUAUUGCCUUCUAUAGAUUGGCUCAGUGCAUGAAGGACCAUAACUCCAUAGAUUGCAGGCUAAUGAGAGUGAGGGUUGCUGCUAUUCAUAGGCCUAGUCAUGCUUCUUGGAGGUGAGAAAUACUCUAAAACCCACUAUGAAAUCCUCUCUUUAAAGGAAGAUGCAACUCAUGAAGAAAUUCGCUCCAGCUACCGAUCCUCUAUCCUCAUUUUCCACCCUGAUAAAUCAAAUAAUAAUUGUGAAGGAGAGGAAAAAUCAAGGGAAGAUUUCCUUAAAAUACGGAAAGCAUGGGAAAUCCUUGGGGACCCAAGAUCUCGGGCCAACUAUGAUAGAGAGUUGCGGGCUUCUAGGCAGCUUUUAGCAGUUGCAGAUGAUGUAGAGUUAGAAGAAAUGGGAAUAGAACAAGAUAGUGAAGGCGAAGCUUUUGAGCUUUAUCAUCCAUGCAGAUGUGGAGAUUACUAUUGGGUCAGUUCUAGUGAGCUUGGAGAGAUGGGGGUUUCUCUAAAUGGAAAGAGAAUCGGAAAACAUGGAUUAGGCGCGGUGGAGAGGGAGUUGCUUCUUCCUUGUGGCUCAUGCUCUCUGAAAAUUCGGCUAAAAAUUCCGGUGAAUUGAUUUAAGUUAAUUCUAUCUUGUGAUUGUAUUCUGGCAUUGCUUUUGUGGAUGGCUGCAAGGGCCAUAUUCUGCGAUGGUUUUGAUUUUUUUUGAGCUUAGUAAAUCAUUUAAUCUAUUCGGGUUUUAUUUU